AUGUCACAAGAUAUUGACACUAUACUGAGCACUCUGAGGACCGAAGCAGACCCCGAGCUGGCCGGGCUGUUUUACGAGUUCGAGGAUUUCUAUGAACAGAAGCUAUGGCAUCAACUCACGGAACGCCUGGACGUCUUCUUUCAUGAUGAACGUUCAUUACCUCUAAGAUUAAGAGUUUACGACACUUUUGUGUCUAAGUUUCAAGACAAAAUCAACCAACUAAAGUUGACCAACUUUCUGCUGCUGUCACUCAAGGACAACAGUGAGUCGCAAGAUGCAUUGGAUUAUCUGACAGAUCUGCAGAAGAGCUUCAAAGAAAUGGAUGAGAAAAAACAGAGAAACGACGGGCUGAAGUCCCACUAUAGUGGAAUUCUUCUGAUAGACAUCGAGAUUGCACGGAUUUACUUGGUUCAAGGAGACUUGGUUAAAGCUAGAGACUCACUAGAUGAAAUUGAGACCACCCUUGAAUUCCAGGAUUCGCUGCCGCUGCAGGUUAUCAGCGCGUUCUACUCGACGAGCGCCGAGUAUUAUUUGGCUAAGAAAGACUUCAACUCUUUUUACUACACAAGCUUGUUGUAUCUAUCGACAGCUGAGACUCUGAAGUCCUACCAUGAGCUCUCUCCAGUUAAGCGUCAGCAGCUUGCUUACAACUUGUGCGUUGCAGCUCUUUUGGGCGACAAGAUUUAUAACCUAGGUGAAUUGCUGAACCAUCCUAUCAUGGAGAGCAUCUCCUCUGACCCUCAGUAUGAAUGGUUGUCUCAAUUUUUACAAACCCUAUCGAAUGGUGACUUUGAUCAAUUCGAUAAACUUUCGAAGGAACGUGUGCCUCACGUACCCAUAUUGUCGGCUCACGAAUCGUUCUUGAGACAAAAGAUUUGCCUAAUGACCUUAGUGGAAAGUGUGUUUGUGAAAAAUAUCAGAACCUUAUCGUUCGACGAUAUUGCGGCUGCAACUCACCUGCCUAAGGACAAUGUUGAACACUUGGUUAUGAGAAGUAUCAGUCUUGGUCUUUUGAAAGGCUCCAUUGACCAAGUCAAUGAAUUGGUCACUGUUGCAUGGGUUCAGCCACGUAUUAUCAACGGGGACCAAAUCAACAAAAUGAAGCAAAGGCUUGUGGAGUGGAACGAAGAGGUUUCCAGCUUGGGCAAAAAAAUUGAGGCUCGCGGAAAGAGCAUCUGGGUCUAG